CCAAUCCCAUCUAGUACAGUAACUACUGGAAUUCCUCCAACUACAACAGAAACAGUUUCUACAACAGAAACGACCACAGUAACACCUGUUCCAACAACAACACCAAUCCCAUCUAGUACAGCAACUACUGGAAUUCCUCCAACUACAACAGCAACAGUUUCUACAACAGAAAUCACUGUGAUCACAGGGCCCAAUGUAACUAACCAAACUCAAGAAAGCACCACAACCCCACCUUGUUUCUGCAAAUACAUGAACGAUAUUUUCUACCCAGGGUCUGUCAUGUACAACGUAAGUGACCAAAAUGGAUGGUGCUUCAUUGCUCGUUGUGAAUCAGGGUGCAUUGUUGACAAGAAAUCAGGGCCAUGCUUCCUGAUAACUACUCCUGCUCCUCCUAUAACAAACACUUCAACAAUCUCCCCCCCAACCCCUCCCUCACCCACCCCUCCAUUUUAUGACUGCAUAUACCUUGAUCCACCAAGAAAGAAUGGAGAAAGGUGGACGGACAAGUGUUUUGAAAAAACUUGCAAAGAUGGAUCUGUUAUCUCCAAACCUGUGCAAUGUGCCAACUCAGCUCUUACACAGCCAUUGUGUGAAAAUGGUAUCCCUCCCGUUAAGGUCUAUGAUGAGACAGGAUGUUGUUUUCAUUAUGAAUGUCAAUGCAAAUGUAACGGUUGGGGAGAUCCACAUUAUGUCACUUUUGAUGGAACGUAUUAUGCUUUCCAAGGAAACUGCACAUAUGUUUUAGUCCAGGAAAUCAUCAAGAAGUACAAUUUCUCUGUCCACAUCAAGAACUAUAUGUGUGACACCGAACAUGGAUUGUCUUGUCCUGACUAUUUGACUGUGUACUAUAAAUCAUAUACAAUUGAACUGAGACAGACCAGAAACCCAACUGUAAAUACAGUAUCUGUCAACAAUAAGAAAGUGACCACAGUUUACAGUACUGCAGACUUCACCAUAACCACAGCUGGUAUUUCAAUGACUCUAGAUAUUCCUGCUAUUCAAGCCCAGGUUACCUUCAAAGGCAUGAACUUUAUAGUCAACCUUCCAUUUUCUCUAUUCCAUAAUAACACGGAAGGACAGUGUGGCAAAUGUGACAACAAAAGCUCAAAUGACUGCACACUCCCUAAUGGAAAAGUAGCCAAGUCAUGUGAGGAAAUGGCUCCUACAUGGCAAGUGAAUAACACAGUUUGCCCCACACCUACCACAAAAGUUCCUGACACAAAUACAACCAAGGAACCAUGUCAACCAGCCAUCUGCAAAAUCAUCUUCAGCAAAGCAUUUGAAAAGUGCCACAAAGUUAUUGACCCAGAGAACUUCUACAAGGCAUGCUUAUAUGAUGUAUGCAACAUGAAUAAUGCCACUGGUUGCUUCAGCCUGGAGGGUUAUGCUCAAAUGUGUGCUGCGGAAUCUAUAUGUGUGGACUGGAGGGGCUUAACUAAUGGAAAAUGCGCAUACAACUGUACCAACGGUAAAGUUUACUUGCCAUGUGGGCCGAAGGUGGAACAAACCUGCAAUUCAGGGUACAAUGAAAAGUUUAGAAAUUGUGAGUCAAUUGUGUGUCGUGAUCAUUUCCGAGAAGGAUGCUACUGCCCUAACGGCACCACCCUCUUUGACACUACUUCAGAUGUAUGCACAGACUUCUGUGGUUGUACAGGUUCUGAUGGGAAGCCCAAGAAUCCAGGGGAUAAAUGGCGCUCAGGAUGUAACGAUUGUAUAUGCAGUAAAAAUUCCAUGGGUCCAUUGUGUGAACCAGUUAAGUGUCCAAACCCAGAGCCCUGUACCAAAGCAGGCUAUGUGCUUCAGACUGUGGACUGCUGUCCGAAGUGUGUGUGCAACACUAGCUUGUGCUUGCCUAUGAACAUAAAUAAAUGCCCGGUCGGAUUUGAGCUAGUACGAAACAGCACAGAAAGUGACUGUUGCAUGACAUUCUACUGUAAACCGAAGAAUGUGUGUGUCUACGGGGAAAAUGUGUACUUGCCUGGCGAAAAAAUUCCAACAGGAUCCUGUGAAAACUGUGUUUGUGGUUCAACCGUGAACUCCAGCAGUAAUCUUCUUAAUACAGAAUGUAUUCAGAUGCAAUGCAACACACCCUGCCCUAUGGGCUUUACCUAUAAAGCUGUACCUGGGCAGUGCUGUGGAAAGUGUGUACAAAUACAGUGUGUAUACGAAGACGCAGAUCAGUCCCAUAACAUAACCACAGCUGAGAUCGGACAGAGCUGGACAUAUCCAAAUAAACCAUGUGUGACUUACAAUUGCACUAAAGUCAACAAUGAGUUUGUCGUGGUGAAGACGCACCCUUCAUGUCCUGAGCAUAAUCCAGAAGACUGCAUUCCUGGCACAGAGCAAAUCACAUCAGAUGGAUGUUGUAAAACAUGCCAGCAGCCUAAGUGCAAUCUGCAAAAGAACAGCACCUACUUGAAGAUUGAUGGCUGUAUAUCUGUCAGUCCUGUGGAGAUAGCCUCCUGCUCUGGAUCCUGUGACACCGAUUCCAUAUAUUCGAUGGCAGCGAACACCAUGAUGCACCACUGCAGCUGCUGUAAAGAGCUUCGAACCAGCAGCAAGAACGUGAAUCUACGCUGUGCAGACAAUACCCUGAAACCAUACACUUACAAUUACGUUGAAGAGUGUGGCUGCCAGAAGACAGAGUGCACAGACUAAAACGAAACACUGAUUUAUUCAAUUUAACCCAAUAAUUAAACAUGAGCCUAUGCUAAGGCAGAGAUUUAGCUAUGUGUGUAUAUUAAUUCAGCUGAAUUCACACUAUCGUUACUGAUUACAGAUUUUAGAUAAAGCAUGAACAAUCAAAUAUCAAAUACUAAUAUACUUUAUGAGAUUAAUCUCCUAUGUUUUGUCACCCAGUUACGCAUAAAAUAAUGCAUAUAAACACUUUACUUUCCUGCAAGCAUUGUUUUUCUCGGGUGUUGCUAUUCUUUAUAUUCUUUCCUAAUUAAAUAAAAUGAUCUAAUUGCAUUCAAAAAAA